UGUUAACUUUAUUUCAACUCUCAGUCCCUCUCUCUUUAACACAGACCUGCACAGACUCCUCUCUUCCUCCUUGACCACUCUCUCUCUCUCAGUCUCAGGUGCUUCCCUUUAUCCUCAAAGAUAAAAAGAUGAUGAUCAUCAUCACUAUGAUCUGAGAGCUACUGAGACUCCAUCUCCUCUCUCGGACCCUCAAAAAUUAUUAUCCAACUGCAGUCUUCCAAAGGUUUCCUCUGCAGGCCGGACUAGUUCGUCACUCGAACCAGCUCAUUAAGUUGGCUAGUUUCCUCAACUAGAUUCCCAAACCCUGAUUCAGUUCCUUUUCCUUCCAUUUCUGACAAUCUUAUUUAUGGAAACCAUGCACCUUCUCACCUUUAUCUUCUUUGGACCAAUGGUAACUCCACUCCUACAAGCAUAAGAUUUUGAGUCUCUCUCUCUCUCUUUCAUUUCCCCCACUAAGAGACAAUACACCCAGAAAGAGGAAAACCCUAGAAAUUAAAAACCAAGGAAGAAGAAGAUCCUACUCUCCAUCCUCAUCACCAGUACCAGCCAUGGACUUGAUUUCUGCAGCUCCGACCAACAAUCCCAGCAGCGCCUUCGUAAAUCCAUCUGCCUUAGCCAUUGGAACUAAUCAUGGUACAGUAACGAACAGUAGUACUACCAGUCUCAUUACUUCUCCCAGUCGAUACGAGAACCAGAAGAGGAGAGACUGGAACACCUUCUGUCAGUACCUCCGCAACCACCGUCCUCCGCUGUCCCUCCCCAUGUGUAGCGGGGCCCACGUGCUGGAAUUCCUCCGGUACUUGGAUCAGUUCGGGAAGACCAAGAUCCACAACCACAGCUGCCCCUAUUUCGGGGUGCCAAACCCGCCAGCGCCAUGCCCCUGCCCGCUUCGACAAGCAUGGGGCAGCUUGGACGCCCUCAUUGGGCGCCUCAGGGCAGCCUAUGAGGAGCAUGGAGGGCGGCCGGAGGCGAACCCUUUUGGGGCAAGAGCGGUGAGACUGUACCUCCGCGAGGUUCGUGAUUUCCAGUCAAAGGCUAGAGGAGUGAGCUAUGACAAAAAGAGGAAGAGGCCCAAGCCAAGGCCAACACCAUCACCAGUACCAACAGCUAGUACCACGACCAGUGGUACUAGUACAACCUCGUCUGCAACUCUCGCAUAAAUGGGUAUAAUUCUCCUUGAUCUCUUUUUCCUUUAAAGGAAACGAAAUGUACGUUGUUAUGAUUGGUGAUUUAAUUUGUUUCUGAUGCUCUUGAAAAUCCUAGGUUUUGGGGGUUGGAGAUCAUGAGUUGGCCCUAACUGGGAUCUGUGGGUAACUCUGAAAUUACUCUUUCAAUCUCUAGCAAAUAAGCUAGUAGUAGUACCUAGGAAACGUACGUUAGUACCUGAAUGUGGAAUGGUGAAUGUAUUGCAACCUCAGUUAAUAUCAGAUAUUUUAAUUAGUAAAUUU